AUGCCAACCCAUAAAGCCCUAGUCCUUCACGCCCGAGACAAGCCCCUCGUCCUCGAAAACGUUCCCCUUCCCGUGGCCUCGACCGGCGAUGCCAUCGUCCGCGUUCUGGCAGCUGAUAUCGUCCCUUAUAUGGGAGAUGUAAUCAGCAACAAGCGCCCAUACCCACUGUCCGUGCCUCUGACGCCAGGAAACACAGCCAUUGCGCGAGUCCACGAAGUCGGCCCGGACUCCGUUGCCCUGCAGCCGGGCCAGCUCGUUUUCUGCGACAUCACGAUCCGCGCGCGCGAUGACCCCGGUGUCUCAAUCCUCUACGGCGUUCAUGGGGGCGGGUACCCAGCGGCGCAGAAGCUCAUGGACGGCGUCUGGCGCAACGCAACGUACGCUGAGUAUGCGCGAUUUCCGUUGGAGAAUCUGUAUCCAUUAGAUGAAGAUCUCCUCAUUAGGAAGAUCGGAUAUAGCAUCGAAGACCUCUGUCUUAUGCCGGUGUGCUUGGUUCCCUUUGGCGGUCUUUCGGAAGUUGAUGUGAAGCCCGAUGAGGCGGUUAUCAUCGCCCCUGCCACGGGAAGGUACGGCGGUGCUGCUGUGAAUGUUGCUAUGGCAAUGGGUGCGACCGUCAUCGCUGCUGGGAGAAACCUGGCUGCUUUGGAGAAGCUUAGGAAGAUCCAUGGAUCAGAUCAGCUAACGACCGUCCAGAUUACUGGCGAUGCGACUGUGGACACAGAAAUGUUUCGUGCAUCGGCUCGCAAAUCCGAGGGGGCAGAUGUCUAUCUAGAUCUUUCACCACCGGCGGUUCAGGGCUCGUCCAUGCUGGCAUCUGGCAUUCGUGCAUUACGUACCUUCGGUCGUUGUAUUGUUAUGGGCGGAAACUCUGGGAAUAUCGACUUUCCAUAUCUUGAUAUCAUGUUCCGGAGCAUUCGGAUCCAGGGACGCUUUAUGUAUGACCGCCAUCACAUCCUGCAGAUAAUUCAGAUGGUGCAGUCAGGCUUGCUUCCGCUGGGCGAAAAGUCCGGUGUGACGCAGACUGAGGUGUUCCGGCUUGAAGAUAUCGAGAGUGCGUUGGAAGCGGCUGGGAAGCUGAAUGGUUGGUGUGGACAUGUUGUGCUGAAACCUUAG